CCUGCGUCCGAGCUUCCGAGCUCGAUACUGCGCACAAAGGAUUGCUGGAUUCCAUAUACACGUCUCGGUUCUCAUCUCCAUCUACUACUUCGUCUGCUGUUUACCAUGAAGGUAAUUGUUGCUGGCGCUACGGGCUACGUGGCGACGGAGGUCAUCCGCCAGGCUCUAUCCAACAAGCAAAUUACCUCACUCGUGGCGCUGGCACGCCGGGCAACUUCAAUCCCUCCGAAUGUAGCCUCCGAUGCCGACACCACCAAGUUCAAAUCUGUCGUCUGUGAUGAUUUCAGCAAUUACCCCGAGAGCAUCAAGGGGGACUUAACAGGCGCUGAUGCCGUUAUCUGGUUGAUUGCCAUAACUCCAUCAAAGUCAAAGACAAGGCCUUGGGACGAGGUGCGCAAGGUCUGCCUUGACUACACGGUGACAGGAAUAGAGACAUUGUCACAUCUCUCAGGUGACAGAUCGGCUGGACCAAUGCGGUUUAUUUACACAAGUGGUGACAGAGCAGAACGGGAUCCCAAUAAGAAACCCUUGAUUCUCGGCGAAUACUCUUUGAUGAGGGGAGAGACAGAGUCCAAAGUCCUCAACUACGCAAAAGAAUCUGAAGGUCGCGUUGAAUCAUUCAUCAUCAAACCUGGGCUGAUCAACGCGACUGGCGGGGGUAAUCUACUCACCAGGACUGUACGGGCUAUUGGUGGCACUGUUAUCGGCCUCCCAGUCAUCGGUCUAGAUGAGAUCGCAGCUGCCUUGAUAAAUAUGGCGCUUUUUGGGGCUGAGAAAGACACACUGCGCAACGAGGAAAUUUUGAAGCUCGGCCAGAGAGUUCUAGGAGAGGGCCAAAAGGCGUAGUGGGCUUGGAGGUACAUCUAUCACGUUUUGUCAACUUGGUCGAACGUAAAUAGAUAGAAAUGAUGUAGAUACGGCGGCAUAUAUAAUGAGAGUGUGUG